CCAUCCAUCAAAGCCACGUUGUCCUUCAUCCUCAUGCACACUAGGCGGUCAUCGAUAUGCCGCCUUAGACACUGCGCUCUCUUUGCUUCGCCUGGAAUCACCUGAAGCUGGCGUUCUCGCGUGCAGCCUUUCGCCACUCUCAUCGCUUGAUCUUGCCUUGCGUCACGACCACGUACGGCCAUCGCACCAUGUCCACCUCCACGACUACCCGCAGUCUCAGCAAAAUCAACACAUCCAAAUUCUACCUCGAAUGGAAGGGGCAUCCCAUUAAGGACCUUGCGAAAUUGCGAGAGCUAGUUCUCCAGAACCGCCCAGAUAAACCCAUUGUGUAUCUCGCAGGGGACUCCUCUCUCGACAACAAGUACUGGGUACCCAGUGCCGGUGCGGGAGGAGAGGAGCUCGGCGUCGAAACACCAGAAAUCUACCACCAGACGCUCGACCGCCCGCGUCCGAAACCCGAUGUCGCAUUCUGGCUCAAUCAUCUGCUCGGCGACAGCGCCACGUGCAUUAAUGCCGCCAUCGAGGAAUCUAUGCUCCGGGAGCGCGACUUGCACCUCCUCUCCCACGAUGUCUUCAUCCGCGACAAUAUCCGCCCGCAAGACAUCCUCAUUGUGAGCGUUGGCGCAAACGAUGUCGCUCUUCGCCCAACCGCUUCUACUAUCUGGCACAUGGUGCAACUGGCCUGGCUCACCUCACGCUCUUCUCUCGAGCACGGGACAGCUUCCUCUCUCUCGUACUUCAAAGAACUAUUCGGUACCAAGGUAGAGGACUACAUCACGCGCCUAACCCUGCGCACCAAGCCUCGCGCGAUCAUUGUGUGUAUGAUCUACUUUCCACUCGAAGCGAAGUAUGGGCAGCAGAGCUGGGCGGAUAUGCAGCUGAAGGUGUUGGGCUAUAAUCGGAAUCCAGAGCAGUUGCAGAUUGCCAUUAGAAAGAUGUAUGAGAUCGCAACGCACGAGAUCAAGAUUGAGGGAACCGAGGUGGUACCUUGUGCGCUAUUUGAGGUUCUAGAUGGGUCGAGAAAGGAGGACUAUACGGCGAGGGUCGAGCCGAGUAAAGAAGGGGGUAGAAGGAUGGCGGAAAGGCUGAGGGAAUUAGUUGACGAGGUGUUGGAGAAAUAUCGUGCAGCUGUGUCUGGUUCACCACAGCAGUGAGCUCGAACCAUCAGACGGGAGUGAAAGCUCGAUCCUAUUCGAUCAGUGCUCUCGAUGGUAACUCCCGCAGCAAAAGCAUCAGCCCCUACACACUUUCCCAAUACC